UUUAGGUGUAUACGAAAAGUGACGUAGAAUAGCAUGCCGUUAGUUGGAUGCAAUAAUUGAGGUAGCGCUGAAAUCAGUUUUUGUUCGGCCUAAUUUUCGUCGAAACGUUGACUGUUUUACCGACGCGGAAAUCGAAGUUCGGCCUCGACGCUCACAUCACCAGUUUAGAAAUAAGUUACGACUAUGAAUAUGGGCCUAUAAUUGUAUUUAUUUAGUUUUUGACUAAGAAAGAAUUAAUUAGUUGUUUACUUAUCAUAUUCAGGAUUAGAAGGAAAAAUAUGGAUCACUAUGAAGUAUUAUUUCAGUUGACAACAAUUGAUAAAAGUGACGAUGAAGGAGCUGAAGAUUUUAAUACUAGAUUGCAACAAAUUUUACAAAAAGUACAACCAAUGUUAACACAACAUGACACAAAAUUUAUAACAAACAGUAUUAGGUAUCAAUAUGUAUGGACAAUUAUUCAUGAGUUACUAAAUAUAAAAGCAUCCAAUUCUGUAAAUGAUGAAUCCUUAUUUAGUGUUAAACAAUUUAAAGCUUUAAAAGUUUCUAUUGAAUUGAUAACUGCAAUGGGAAUUUUUCCUGGACUUUUACCUGGUGUUGGAAUCAAUAUGGCUAAAUUAUGUCCUAGAGUUACACAGCUACCUGAAGAAAAAUUAUCAGUUUCACAUAAAUAUGAAAGACUACAAUUCUCAGUUCGUUCUCUCAUGGAAUUGUACAAUGACCUUACGUUUCGUCCAGCAAUACUUGCACAGAUAGGUCCUCUACUGGCUGCGCUUUUACAAGUGUGUUAUGCUCCAUUGAUGAAACCUAAAACAUCUGAAUCAAGCAAACAGAAAAAUACAAGUGAAACGGAAUUCGAAAUGACGGAAGAAUUAUAUAAUAAACUAAAAAACGAUCAAGAAUAUUUCACUCGUUUGUUUAACAAAUUUUUAAGCGAAUGUCCGGUAUCUACGAGUAUGAGAGAAUUGAUGGUAAUUCUCGGUGUGCCAGAAGCACCAGCCUGGCUCCGUUUUCGAACUCGUCAACAUUUAGUGCAGCUACUUAUGCAACCUAAUGGAGUUAUUUCGCUUGUAGCUGCUGUUUGUGAAGAUGUCUUGGAUCUUGGAGAACAUUGGAAUAAACUGGAUACUGUUUCCAGAUUAAUAGUUGUACCACCUCCAAAAAAUUCAGAUAAAUAUUACGAAUCUAUAUGUUCACAAUUACUGAACAUUUUAACAUCUACUCAGGUAAAACAUGCAGCAGCAAUAGCAAUUUGUUGUAUCACUGCACUUUAUGAAUAUAAUCGGGAGAUUUUUGAUAAAAAUAUUAUGGAUGUAAUAUGUGAUCCACUGAUCGUAAAUGCAAAUAGUGUACCAAAGAGUGAGAGCGAAGUGGAGAAAUGUAUAGAAAGUUUAACAAAAUGUUUCACAACAAUAGAAACUAAAUUACCUGUGAGAUUUUUAAUGAAAGUAGCUCUUCCAUUAUUUUGUUUGUAUAACAAUGUCAGACAAAGUGCUUGCGUGUUGAAAUAUAAAAUUAAACAACUUAUAUUACACCUUUUGUAUGAAGACUCAUUAAGAGAUGAUUUAUUUGCUGACUUUCUUGGACACGGUUCAACAAAAGAUUUUGGAAAGCAUUUGGCAUCAAAAUUUGGGCCAACAGGUGGAAUUGAAAUUACGGGAAUAGAUGAGACUCUUAAAUACGAAGAAUUUGCAGAUACUUUAUUGGAUUUAACAUCCACCACUAAACAAUUAUCAAAUAAAUUAUUUCACUAUUUAUUAAAGUUUUUAGCACAGCUUAUGCUAUCGAAAUACAGAAAGAAAUCUGAAAAAUUACUACGAACAGAGGAUGAUGUAGUGGAAGAAAUUGGGAAACAAUUGGCUGCUGUAAAACUUUUAUCGAACUUAGCUGAUAUAUCUACUGUGCAAGAAACACAAUUAGAACAUCCACACGAAUUAUUUUGCUUUGUAGAAACAUUAUUUAAUAGCUACAUCAAAUAUACAAGUAAUAUGUCGAAAGAAAAUGAUUGUGAAAUUUUAUGUAUGGGUUUGAUGCUAAUAAAACUGAUCAUAAAUGAAAGAAAACAGGGGUUAGAUUGGGAAAUGUUUAAAAGUUUUGUAGAAUCUUUAGACAAAUUUUCUCGUUCAAAGAUUCCAAAACAGUUGGCGUCAUUAACGAAAGAAGUAAUUGAAUUGAUUAAGACUCAAGAUCGAUUGAAACAAAAACAUUAUCAAGAUUUAUCAGUGGAUUAUAAAUCAUCAGAUAAGUUUGAAGAAGCGCUUAAGGACCUUACGGAUUCACUCCUCCCUGUUCGUGCCCAUGGACUUAUGACUCUUACAAAAUUGAUAGAAAAUGCGGACUCGUGUACUAUUAACAGAAGAGAAAUUAUUUUACAGCUAUUUAAAGAAAAUUUGAAACAUGAAGAUUCAUUUAUAUAUCUAACAGCAAUUAAUGGAUUAUGUACUUUUGCUGUUGCAUAUCCACAGAUUGUUAUAGAAACAUUGGUGCAGGAAUACAUCGAUAUGCCUCAACGUAUCUCAAUAGGAGAAUUAACAGCAGAAACUAGGAUGAAAUUAGGAGAAAUACUUGUAAAAGUAACGCGAGGUUUAGGUGAGAUGGUAUCAGUCUAUAAAAAUCUGUUAAUAAAUGGAUUCUUGUGCGCUACACGCGAUCCAGAUUCCUUAGUACGUUCUUCCAGUCUUUCUUGUUUAGGAGAAUUGUGUAAAGUACUAGGUUUCCGACUGGGAGAUACUGUUCUUGAGGUAAUGUACUGCAUCACUUGCAUUAUAAAAUCAGAUAAAGCACCUGAAUGUCGGCGAGCUGCAGUUAUGACCAGUACUCUGUUACUUCGAGGUAUUGGAAAGGAUACAUUAACUACCCUUGGGAAGGAUUUGGUAGAUCUGUAUCGCGGGCUGAAAUAUUUACGAGAUAAUGAUCAAGACCCUGUGCUGCGUUUGCAUGCACAUUUGGCCUUGGAAGAAUUAAAUUGUAUCGUACAAGACUUUUUGUUUUCACCUCCAAAACUUGAGAAAAAAAUAUUACUGUUAAAUUCGUCAUAAUGAACAGUGAUUGACUUGAAAAA